AUGCGAAGAACAGUCGACCAGUGUCCUGCCGACAUUGUCUUAGCACCAUCAGGGUGCCCCUUGACUGACCUCGAGUACGCCGACGAUGUUGUAAUAUUCGUGGAAAGCAGUACGAAACUUCAACAUGUUGUCAACCUUGUAUCGAAGCUGGCUGCAGCCUAUGGACUACGCCUACGCCCUGAUAAAUGCAAGCAGAUGUGGAUCUCUUCGAGAUCUCGAACGGGAAUCAGGGUGGACGGACAACCGAUAGAACUCGUCGAUGAGUUCUGUUACCUAGGCUGUACGCUGAAGAACAAUGGCAGCUACGAGAGGGAUGUUCAACAAAGAUGCGCUAAGGCCACUUCUGCAUUUAACUCCUUAACGAAAUGUUUGUGGUCGACCCCCAUCACCAGCGAAGUCAAGCUGCGAGUCUACCUAUCCGCAAUUCGCCCCAUCAUGAUGUACGGAUCGGAGACUUGGGCAGCACCAUCAACGGUUAUGGAGAGGCUUGACUGCACGGAACGAAAGCUGCUUAGACGGCUACUUGGCUACUUUUGGCCUAGGGUAUGUCACAAUGAAGAUCUUUACGCAGAAAUUGAUGUGAUAUACGCGGAUGACACGUGGAAGAUAUCAACAUCUUGCACAACCUUCGAAAGCGGCUAA